GUAGUAACUACGUCGUAUGUGUUGAUGUUUUAUUGAAUGCUAUUAURUAAAAUGCAACUUUCUUCUUAUAUACGUUUGAUGAGGUUAACACAACGCUAUACGAACAGGAAACACGAUUCCAGAGCAACCGAUUUGAAAACCGGUAAAACCGUUACUCGUCCAUAUAAGGUACAAAUAGUUACAGUACCUAUACGCUAAGUAUUUAGAAGAAAAAAUAAUUAUAAUACACACAACCACAGAGCGACCAGUAGUCAGGCCUCAGCAGAGUAAAAAUGGUUUCACGCAUCGGCUACGUUCAAACAAGACUCGAUGCGGUAGUGCAAGUGUUUGUAUGGGUGGUAGUCGUCGGGUUGAUCACACAAUYAUUUGCAGACGACACGAAAGUCCACGAUAAGAGACAGUUAGAAAACGAAUGGGCAUCCACGUCGAAAAAAGACCACAAAGGACCAAACACGUACGAAUUUAGAUACGACGUAGAAAAUGCACCAACAAACAACAUACAAUACCGUAUGGAAGAACGUCAUCCCAACGGAAGUGUUGUGGGAAGUUACGGGCAAGUCCAACCUGAUGGUAAAAUAAGAGUGGUGUCCUACGUAGCGGAUAAAGAUGGUGUAAAAGCAUACGUCAAGGACAAUGGAGGAGAUGAUAAGUACGUGGCUGAAGGAUCUAAUCUGGACCCCGUACAGCGGGUCACAUCACAGAUCAUACAUUCGGCUGUACAAUCGCAACAACACAAAUCACCGUUGCAUGACAAGUAUCACCGKCCGACGCCAAGCACUGCGGCYGCGGCCGGUCAACGGGUGAAUACGGCGCACGCGUAUCACCAGCAAAGGACCAACGUGGAUCCGGCGACAUUUCGGCCGGAAGACUCGCCGGGCUUUCAGGAAACCAAUCAGCCAUUCGUCGGGGACCAGCUGAAAGACAAGUUGCAAUCGUCUUACGCUGAGUACCGGGUCGGUUCUCCUCAGCAAUCACCGCCGAAUCAACUGGUCCARAAUUCCGCGCCCCUACCGCCCGUAGUGCCGUACAACCUGCAGCAAGGCACAGUGCCAGCCCAGCAGCCGUCACACUACGUGCUAAACGUACCGCCCCUGCCAUCGCUAGGUGACAACUCACCGCUACCGCUACUACCCGGUCAACAGCCCCUACCCAUCACGCCCGAUCGGGGACCCAUCAUGAUACAACUCCAACAACCGCAACAGCAGCAGCCACCGCCGUCCACCUAUCAGCAACAACAGAACUACCUGCAGUAUCAGCCUACACAGGUGCACCAACAACAGUUGAGAUUGCCUCAGGGCCAACAGCAGUUGCUCCAUCCCAGUCAAGUGCAACAGUACCAACAACAGCCAGUAAGGGUACAGCCACCAGUUCAUUUGCAGCAACACGUCCAGUUGACGCCGAACCAGCAGCAAACGGUCCAAUAUCAGCCACAGCAGGCUAGAGUGGUGUCGCAGCAGGCGUUACCACCUCAAUACAUUCAGCAGCAGCACCAGCAGCAACUUCAGCAACAACAACUGCAACAACAGCAGCAACAACAACAGCUACAGCAACAACAACAGCUACAGCAACAGCAACAGCUACAGCAACAGCAACAGCAAAAAGUCCCGUACCAACAGUCAGUCAUGCAACAGCAGUACCCGCAACAGGUCAACAUACCGGCACAUCCGUCGCAGCUGCAGAUCAGGGGAAACGUACAGCAACACCACGCGGUGGUGCCGAUGCAAUACUUCCAUCAACCGAAUCCAGCCACUACAGUGGAACAGUACCGGCAACAGUUGCAACUGCAGGCGGCUGAAUCGCAGAUAUUCCCGGUCUUCGUGUUGCCACCGACCAAUAGCAUUUUAGAUUUCGAAAGAAAGCGUCCACGAUUUUAAAGACAUUUUCUAAUAAUAUCAUAUGUAUUGUUUCAAUAGCAAUAAACGUUUAUUUAGUUUAAGUUUGAUUUUUUUUUCAUAUUGACCCGAUGCGUUUAUGAAUAUCAUA